AUGAUUGCCGCAGAGCCCCCAAAUUUGCCCGCGGGGGAAUCCCCAGACCUGAUCUUGGUCCCAGCCACAGCCUCAGAGCGCAUUGCCUCAAUCAAACUGAACAGCGUUGCCUGGAAGGGCCCACUAGACGUGGAAACAUACAUAGCACGCGAGGACCACCUUCUGCGGCAACGACUGACCCGCGACGGCCUGACAUGUUGGAUCCUAGUGGACCGCAACGAGCCCGAGGAUAACCGCACUAUCCUCAGCUCGUGCGAGUCCUAUCGUAAGACCGCGCUGCUGGCCCAUGAUGGGCAGAUUGAGAAGGUCGCCACGCACGGCGUGGGGAGUGUCUACUGCCGGCCUGAAUUCCGGGGGAAGGGCUACGCAAAACGGAUGCUCGAGGAGCUGAGCACUAAACUAGAGACGUGGGGGAUGGAGAAGGAGCAACGGCGCACUUCGCUGUUUACGGUGCUGUUCUCGGAUAUCGGGAAGAAGUUCUAUGCGCAGUUUGGGUGGCGGCCGUUCUCGUCUUCGCAUAUGUCUUUACCGGCGAGUGCGAGUGGGCUGGAUAAAGCCGUCACUAGAGACCUAUUUGCUGAGGAUGUCCAAAAGACCUUGUGCAGCGAGAAAGUCCUGGCUCAAUUGCACGACCAGAUGCUUGUGGCAUCGCAGAAGUCGAGUAGUGCUAAAAUAGCUAUUUUGCCUAACUUUGAUCACUAUCUGUGGCACUGGGCCCGAGAGGAGUUCUAUGCCGAGAAUAUGAUUUCGGAACGUUCUCCACCGGUAGUAAAGGGUGCCGGCGAUGACAAGGCUGGCGUAUACUGCGCCUGGAAUCGGAACUUUGGCGAGCUCCCCGAAGACAAUGUCCUUUACAUUCUCCGGUGGGUAUAUGAUGAGCCUACCUCACCAGCCGAGGAGCAGAUCACAAUCCAGGCCAUGGCUGCUAUCCUGCGACGAGCCCAGCAAGAAGCACACGAAUGGAACAUGAGCAAGGUUGAAUUUUGGAAUCCCACUCCUUUGCUGCAAAAGGCUGUGGCCUUGGUGGAUCCGAAGGCUGAGCUCGUGCACCGCGAGAAAGAGAGCAUCUGCAGUUUGCGGUGGACAGGCGAGCAGCAAGGAUUGGGCAAGGAUGUUGAGUGGUGGUUGAACGAGAAGUACACCUGGUGUUAA